AAGCAGAGGCGCGCGAACUCUGCGUUACUCCCUUACCGUUUUGCACCCUUCAAAACAAACCAUUCAUUCAUUCACUCUCUCUUUUCAAUUCAAUCACAUUUUCUCUCUGUGCCACCACCAUUCCAUUUCCAUUGUUUCUCAUAAGAAAACAACAACAUGUCGGCCCCAGCGGACCAUACUGAUCAAAACGUAGAAGCAGUUCCCCAAUCUACAGUUACACCAAAUUGGACAAUUCAAGUUUCAGAUGUAAGAACAGUGAAGGUAGGCAAUGUAUCUUUGGCUACUACAGAGAAGGAUCUUAAAGAUUUUUUCUCAUUCUCUGGUGAUAUUCAAUAUGUUGAGAUGCGAAGGGAAUCUGAGACCACUCAGGUUGCAUAUGUUACCUUCAAGCAUACGCAAGGAGCAGACACAGCAGUACUCUUGACGGGUUCCAAUAUUGCUAAUGUUCCUGUCACAAUUUCACCCGUUGAGAACUACCAGCUCCCUCCUGAGGCUCAACCCUUGAGUCCGGAGAAAAAACAACCUUUUGCUGCUGUUAAGAAAGCUGAAGAUGUGGUGAGCACUAUGCUAGCAAAGGGUUUCAUUCUAGGAAAAGAUGCAGUUAGCAAGGCAAAGUCCUUUGAUGAACGCCACAACUUGACCUCAAAUGCUACUGCCACAGUUGCUUCCAUUGACCGCAAAAUAGGAUUGAGCGGUAAACUAAGCGUUGGAACAGCAAUUGUGAAUGAAAAAGUGAGAGUGAUGGAUGAGAAGUUUCAGGUUUCUGAAAAGACAAAAUCUGCUAUUGCCGUUGCUGAGCAGAAGGCAAGUAGUGCUGGAACAGCAAUCAUGAGCAACCCUUAUGUGUCCACUGGAGCUUCAUGGGUGUCAAGUGCCAUCACUGCUGUUGCAAAAGCAGCUGAGGAUGUGAGCACAUUGACCAAAGAGAAGGUUGAAAAGGCUGAGGAGGACAAGAAGGAGAUCAUUAUCAGUGAAAAAAAAGAUGAAGCUGUUGAUGGAUUGGCAAAGGUGCACUCUGAGCAACCUCCUGCAGCAGCAGCAGCACCUGGGAGCCCUCCAAAAGUUGGUGUUAAUUCAGAACAUGAUAGUAAGUUGGGGAUUAUAUGACUUGAGCUCACUCAGCGUGUGUUUCAAUACUGUUAUCUCCAAACCAAGCGACAAGGAUACAAAGCCUAGCCCCCAGAAUUAGUAUUAGAGUGAAUAUAUCUGGUUUUAUCUUCUUCAUGUCUUAUAGGUCUUAAAUUUGUCCCCUAUUUCGUAUUAAACCGUUUCUCUACGUUUGUUAAUUGUUUAUUGAGCAAGUAUUGUGCCAUUAAAUAAUGUAAUGAUGAUUAGCUAGUUAACUUGGGUGUCACAGUUCUCUUAGCUCAUGAUCUUCCAACUAUCACAUGGUCUCGGUCAUGUUCUCUAUAUGACUAUAUGGAUUGACCCGGGUACGUACACAGCUCUCCAAGUCCUAAGCAUUUUGCUUAAUGGACUUGUGAUAGUGUUGCCCUUCUUACGUUGCUCUUCUUCCUCCAUACCGAGUAAAGUGACUAAUAUAUAGCUCAGUAUGUACAGAUCAGUUGAGUUUAAUAUGUGAGUGAACUUUCAACCUAAUUCUUAUGAAGAGUUUUAUUUACUCUUUUAUCUUGAACUGCGAGUAAACAUUUGUUUGCAAAUGGAUAUCCAAAAACAACUUCAAUUUUUAACAUGAUCAGCAGCCUAUGAGUACAGUUGCAUUGAUUUAGUUUGCUUAGUUAUAGGGGUCUUCAGUCUUCAGCUGCCGGAAGUUUGCCAUAUUAUGUCAUGAUAAACCUGAUUGAUUGUUGUGGGGACUGAAAGUUGGCUAAUAGCAAUAGGAUUUGAUUGUGAUGUGAUAAUAAGUCUGGUUGAUCUAUAAUCUACCAAUUUAGAAACUUAUAAAUAAAGGUUUGGUUAAUUAAUCCGAAGCCUAUUAUCCCUGAAAGUUUAUUUUUCUCUUAAAUUAAAUGAAAUUUUGUUAAUUAUUUAAAAAUAUAAUAUUACAUUCCUAAGAUUUUCAAAUAUAUUCCGUCGCAAACUCGCUGACAAGGAUUGUGACGGAUGAACUCGUCGCAAACCAUAGAGACGGAUUAAUA